AAAUCAAGCCAAUAAAUCUAAAUCACAUGAGGAAAUCAAGGCCGCAAAAAGGGAAAUUUCAGAUAAAGGGAAAUCAACGGGAAAUGCUUGAGCCGCAUGAGAAAAUAGAGGCUUUGGUGAGGGAGGUGAUCACAGCGAUUGCAGGUUACCAGCGACAUCGCGCGCUCAUGGUGGUGGUUACAUACACGGUUGAGUGCUGGAGGAUAGAGAGGACAGGGAGGAAGAGGAAAAAGGAAUCAUUGGCGGGGUACUAGUGACAACAGGCGUUGAUGGAGGUGAUUAUGUGGCUGGAUCAGGUGUUGGUGAGCACUAAGCAGAGAAGGGGAGGAUGCGAUAGAGAUGAAGGAAAGAGGGAGGAAGAGGAAAAUAGGAAUCGUUAGAACUUAUAACCCUAGAUCCAAAAUGGUGAAGAUGAAAAAGAAGCCAAGAUCUACAGCUUCUUUGUAAAAGGGUUUUAAGAGAAGAAUUCUAGGUUGCUGAAGAGACGAGAGGAACAGUACACUUUUUCAGACACAACGAAGAUGAGGGAGUGGAAAAAAGAUGAGAAUAAUUUGGUUCUUUAAAAUGACCCUAGCACACACAACAAGAAAACUGCUCUUUAACGAGAGUACAUACCGUCAUUAAUAGCAAUAAUUCCUGUCGUUAAAAUAGAAAUAACGACCGGCUGUCCCGUCGUGGCCCGUCGUUGUAUGCUUGGUGGUUAAAAGUUUUCAACAACGGGAGCAUUUUGCCCGUUAUUAAAGCUCCAUACCAUCCCGUCAUUAAAAUUUCAUGUCCUUGUCCACAAAAUCAAUUUUUAGUGAAGGUAAUCCCGUCGUUAAAUAUCAGAGAAUUUUUAAAUUAAAAAAAAGUAACCACCCAUCGAUUGUUUCUAACAACAGAGAUUGCCUGUCGUUGAAAGUCAUUAUUAUAUUAACAAAAUAAUUCACUGAGAUUAUUUAGCUGCUGGUGGUCACUAGUUUAAUGAUAAUAUCACAAAUAGAAAUGUCAAAUUGCC